AUGAAAACAAUAACAUACUUACUGUUGCUACUCUCUCUUGUGGCCACAAUUACAUGCCAACAAGAACAAAUCACCGUAACCAUUCCACAAGGUUCCUACAUUGGUGUGUCCACCAAUAACCAAACUAAAUCCUUCCUUGGUGUCAGAUAUGCUCAAACCACAGAAGGAAUUAAUCGUUUCAGGCCACCAGUUUCAGUUUCCUCCAUGAAUUCAACUGCCAUCUUCAAUGCCACAUCCUUUGGCAACAUUUGUGUCCAAACUCCAGAUUCUAGCAUUACAUACACUGAACCACAAAGUGAAGAUUGUUUAUUCUUGAAUAUUUGGGCUCCAGUCGGUGCCUCACCAACAAAUCAAUAUCCAGUCAUGUUCUGGAUUCAUGGUGGAUCCUUCAUUCAUGGAACUGGUAAUAUCUAUGAUGGAGAACAUUGGGUAAAAACCUCAAUUGAGAAUAAUGUUCCAAUUGUCUUUGUGUCCAUCAAUUAUAGACUGGGAGUUUUUGGGUUCUUGGCUGAUGACUUGUUAAAAAGUGAAAACGGACUCACCAAUACAAACUUUGGAUUGUUGGAUCAAUUAGAAGCAUUGAAAUGGGUUCAAAGCAAUAUUGCUAAUUUUGGAGGUAAUCCAAGUCAAAUUACCAUUUCCGGAGAAAGUGCUGGAGGAAUUAGUACUUUGGUUUUGCUUGCAAGUCCUCUUUUGAGUCAAGUUCCUGUUACUUCUGCUAUCGUUCAAAGUGGGUCCUCUUUGAAAUGGCUAAUGCAAACAAGUACUGUAACUGCUCUUGCUGCUGGUUCAAAUUUGAAAACAAAUUUCAAUUGUUCAACAUUGGAAUGUUUGAGAAAUAUAACAGUUGAUAGUUUAAUUACCUAUCAAGCUGCCAAGGCACCAACUGCAUUCACUGUAACUUUCGAUAAUUAUGUCAUUACAAACAAUACGUAUGAUGUAAUUGACAAUAACAAGUUUACCAUGGUCAACUUGUUGAUAGGUGCCACAAGGAAUGAAAUGGGCUAUUUUACUUGUAGUUCUUUUCCUUCAAAUAUUACUGCAUAUCAAAUGCAACUCGCAUUCAGUUCAUAUUUUGGAGCUACAAAGACAGUUCAAUUCUUCCCUCAAUUGUCCAAUUAUUACAACAUUUCAAAUUAUCAAGAUAACCUUGCCUAUUUCAAUGAUGUUCUAACACAAGCUGCUGUUCAAUGUAAUGCAAGAUAUCUAGCUGCUUCCUUCUCCAAAAAGUCUUCUUUGAAUGCCUAUUUCUAUAUCUAUGAUCAUUACUUUCCCUUCUCAACAUCAUGUCAAAAGAGCAUGCACGCUAUUGAAAUUCCAAUCCAAUUUCCUUCAAUAUUCAAACAUAUGAAAGGAGCUGAGGCUUACUCACUCACUGCUUCUGAAUUGGAGCUCUCAAGACAAGUAAUUGUUUAUUGGUCUAAUUUUGUGUCGAGUGGAAAUCCAAAUAGAAACAAUUCAGGAACGAAUUUGAGAACUAACCAAACUACAUGGAAUUCCUACUCUACUUGUUCUGAUAAUUAUCUUGUUAUUCAAAGUGGAUCAAACUAUGAAUCUUCAGAAAUACUUGGAAAGACAUGUCCUUUCUGGAACGUGUAUGAUGAGGUUCCAAUAAUUCCAUGUGUCACUCCUGCUUCUUCAAAUUCUACACCAAUUGUAGUGACAUCAACUGUACUCCCAAAGAAUUCUACAAGGGUUAAUGGAGUUGGUUCAUUGUUGUCUGUUUGGUUGGCUUUGUGCUUUGCUUCCUUAAUGAUCUUGUUUCAAUAA